UCGUAAUAUUAUAAUACGCGGCAUUAGCAUGUUGUCGGCAUUUGGAAACUGAACAGACCAAGUGUAGAGUAUUGUUGUUUGCGCAUUUCUUAAGACGGUUAAAAAUGACCGUUUUGUCAGAAUAUUUAGAAAAACUCGAAGGGAAAUGGAAUGGCGAAGAUCUUGAAACCGGAACACGUGGUCUAUCUGGGUUGACGAACGCACAUGGAAAUCUCGAGCCGCAAAAUGGAAACCUGCCCAAUCCCGACAGUGGUUUUUCUUCCGUGGUUUCCCUCCAGUCCGAUGGCGGCACCUCAGAAGUGACCAAAUAUGACUUGUCUCAGAGUGACUUGAGCAAAUGGCCUCAAUCGGUUUUGACGCCGGUACUUGAAGAUGGCAGUGGUGAUAAGAAAUCUGCGAUUCCCAGCCAAUCAGCUGCUUGGUGUGGCAAGGCGAAGGUCGCAGUUAAAAUUCUUGGCAUCUUCGUUAUCCUCUACUUCUUUAUCUGCUCACUCGACUUCCUCAGCAAGGCGUUCAAACUUCUUGGAGGAAAGGCAGCAGGCGGUGUGUUCUCUCAGAGUGAGUUGCUACAGAACCCCAUCACUGGUCUCAUGAUUGGAGUUCUCGCCACAGUGCUACUACAGAGUUCAUCAACCUCAACGUCGAUCAUUAUCACCAUGGUGUCCUCGGGAAUUUUAACAGUACAGCCAGCAAUCCCCAUCAUCAUGGGUGCUAACAUCGGUACCACGGUAACCAAUACAAUCGUGUCACUAGCUCACUCAGGCAAGGGGAGAGAAUUCAAACGGGCCUUCUCCGGUGCAACAGUUCACGACGUCUUCAACUGGUUGACCGUUCUGGUGUUACUUCCCCUUGAAGUGGCCACUGGCAUGCUUCAUAAAUUAACAUCGGCAAUAGUCGGAAGCUGUGACUUUUCUGCCUUGAAAGGGAAAAAACAAGAUCUUCUCAAGACUCUGACAAAACCCCUGACUAACCUCAUUAUCAAGAUGGACGAUAAUGUUAUUUCAAAGAUUGCUGAAGGUGACGAAGAAUACCUGAAUAAACGACUCGUUAAGGUGAUUUGCAAGUACGACGAGGUUGUGGUACAGAGAAACACGUCUGUUGUAGACGUGAACGAUGGUGUGACCGUUGCUGCCUCUGCUGUUAAUACAACUGCGAUAGCUGACACAACCUCACAUGGGUCGUUCUACCAGGUGGAAAAUAUCACUCUGAGAAUCAACAACCAAACUUGUGAUUCUCUGUUCAGCCACGUGGACGUGAGUGACACGGUCGCGGGAAUCCUGCUCCUCGUCUUCUCCAUCGCGCUGCUCACGGGCUGCCUCAUCGUGUUGGUCCGUCUCCUCCACUCCAUGCUGCAGAGCCGGAUAACGCGCACCCUCAAGAGAACCAUCAACGCCCGCCUGCCUGGCCCGUUUGCCUGUCUCACCGGCUACCUCGUGAUCUUGGUCGGGGCAGGACUUACAAUGCUCGUUCAGAGCAGUUCCGUGUUCACAUCCACCCUCACCCCUCUUGUCGGAGUGGGCUGUCUCAAGCUGAGACGCAUGUACCCACUGACCCUUGGAUCCAACAUCGGGACAACGGCGACUGGGAUUCUUGCAGCGCUGGCUGCACCGGCGAGCACCAUUGAUGUCGCACUGCAGAUCGCAUUGUGUCAUCUGUUCUUUAACAUCUUCGGGAUUAUGCUGUUCUACCCAAUCCCCUGUUUGAGGAGAAUUCCGAUCCGAGCUGCGAUUUGUCUGGGAAAAACAACGGCCAAAUACCGAUGGUUUGCAGUUGUGUAUCUUCUCUGCAUGUUCUUCAUCAUCCCGGGAGCUUUCUUUGCCCUGUCUCUAGCCGGACGGAUUCCUUUUCUGACCACCACAGCUGCAGUGGGAGUCGUAGCUGUGUUUGUCGUCGUAAUCAACGUGAUGCAGAGUAAAUGUAAGAACAGACUGCCUGGCUUUCUGAAGACUUGGAACUGGCUGCCAAAGUGUUUGAGGUCGCUGGAACCAAUGGACAAGGUGGGCAAGAAAUUGAUGGAAGUCUUUGGUAAAUGCUGUCCGUGUAAGAAAUGUGGCCCACAAGAGGAAGUUUCAGAUGAUGAUACGGAGGUUUCUGAAAGUGAGGUUACAGUAGAGGAAGAAGAUGCAGACGAAAUGGAUGAUGAGUGUGGUGCCCUUAGCAACGUCCUCUUCUGCUGUUGCCGGGCAAAAUCUAAGGAUGCUAGGAAAUCUGAUGAUGAAGGUUUUGUGGAAGAGUCUGAGAAAACGGACUUGAUGUCCAAAAGCAAACAUUCUGGUGGUGGUGAUGAUGAUGUAAAUUUUCAACCACAACAAAACAAGAUUUUUAAAGGUGUUCUAACAAAUCCAUGGAGUCCAUUAAGAACUGCUCAUCAGCAAUCACAUGAUUGUGUUGGCCCGAAAAGAACUUUAGGUUACCAGGGACAAGAGUCGAGUUCUCAGGCACCUCUGUUAUAUGUAGUGUCGGUAGUUUGAUGCUGAUAAGAACACUGAUGCUGGAAAAGUUGCCUUUCAGGUAUUGAGAGAAAAAUCUUCCAAGAAAAGUUUGAUGGUGGGAAGGAAAUGAGGAUGUCUCCAUUGCCUGUUUUGAUAGAAUAUGCUGUCCGUGACAGGAAUUGCCCACUGGGAAGGAUCCGAGAGAGACGUCUACUUUGAAGUUGAGAAGGCGAUCAGUUAACUGUGACCUUGUACAGACGAGUGAAAAUGACCUUGAAGAUCUCUCAACUGUUCAGAACGUGUGCACUAUCUAUGGUUCGAGAAAUCAUUUAGUGCAGAUUUGAAAAUAGAAACAAUUUUAUUAAAUAAGAUCAUGCUAAACUAAACUAAGCAUUUGAUGCAGUUUGUGCAUAAGAUUAUUUUUUAUUUUAUAUUUUCAAGUGUUUUUUAAAAUGUAAACAAUUUCAGUGACUAACAUCACACUAAACCAAGAUAAAUAUUUGAUAAUUUGUGCAUAAUGCUGUUUUGUUUUAAAAUAUUUUCAAACGUUCAUAAACAUUCCUAUCAAAAAUUUAUUUAAAUCAUGUUAAAAACAUGCUUUGUCAUACUGGUAGGUAUAUUAACAUAUCUGGGUUUGAAGUGUUAAUAAUUUCACCCCUUCACACAGGUUAUAUUAUAUAUGUGUACAUCUAGUCAAGACGUAUAUAGUUCUUCACAUUUGUGUUAUGUAGUUAUUUAUUGUGUACAAGUAAAUAAACAAUCUUGAUUUUUAAAACAGAUUUUAGAUGCAAACUGAAUGAACAUUUACUACUAGUUACAAUUUGUUAUAUAUAUAUAUAUAUAACUAAUAAACAAGUGUUUGAUGAAUAUCAAAACUAGAAGAAAAAAAAAAGAGUUAAUUUUUGUUUAAAAAAAAGAAAAAAGAAAAAAAUGCUUUCCCCCCACCUUUCCCCCCCACCCCUGUCUCCAAAAAGAAACAAAAUACUCAUCUUGACAUAAAAUGUCUUCAUUGGUUGAGAAAAACGAUGGGACACAUUUUUGAAUCUUUCAAUUUUACAUCAUCAUGUGAUACAAAAUCUCCUAAUGUCCUAUGCGGAGUAUACUAAUGGACAAAAUAAAUGAAAGGAUGGGACGUAGCCCAGUAGUUAAAAACUGUUGCCUGAUGCACAGUCGGUCUAGGAUCGAUCACCAUUGGGGGCCCAUUUGGGCUAUUUUAUAUUCUAGC